AUGGAUCGUUUAAAGCGUGUUUUGUCAAGGCCAAAUGCGAAGCCAUAUCGCACGAAACAUAUCAUCGAUGAUCAGCCGUACAUAAAUGAAAAUGGCCAUCUGGAUUUUGGGCCGGGAGAUAUCGAAAAUCCGAAGAAUUGGUCCAAGACGAGAAGAUGGUAUAUUACCGUGGUAUCGGUUUUGCUCGUGGUAAAUGCAACAUUUGCAUCGUCCAGUCCGUCGGGAUGUUUGACGGGAAUUGAGAGAGAAUUUCAUGUUUCUGCAGAGGUCUCCGCUUUGGUCAUCUCGGUUUUCCUUUUAGGAUACUGCUUUGGUCCAUUAUUUUGGGCUCCGUUGUCCGAGUUCUUUGGUCGAAGAUGGAUCUUUUAUAUCUCUUUUACCUUGUAUCUGGCUUUUAACUUUCUCUGUGCGUUCGCCAAUAAUUUCGCAGCUCUAUUAAUAGGACGAUUCAUAACGGGUACGAUGGCCAGUUCGCCACUUUCGAAUGCCCCGGGAGUUCUCGCCGAUAUUUGGGGUCCUGUCGAAAGAGGAAAUGCCAUGGCUCUGUUCUCGAUGAUGACUUUUGCCGGUCCAGCAUUGGGUCCUGUUAUUUCAGGAUUCCUUGAGUUGAAAAAGGACUGGAGGUGGAAUUUUUAUGUCAUGUUAUGGCUCGCUGGUGUCACCGAACUUUUAAUGUUUACUAUCCCAGAGACCUUACCUUCGAAAUUGCUAGUAAACAAAGCUAGGAGAAUAAGGGCAUUGAAGAUUCCAGGUUACGAAAACGUCAAGGCUCCCGUCGAAGAUAGCGAUCGUACCUUAUGGCAAAUUUUCAAGGUGGCACUUAUUAGACCAUGGCAACUUCUCGUCGAUCCAAUUUCGUUUGCCGUUGCCGUUUACCUAUCCGUCGUAUAUGCUUUACUGUAUAUGCUCUUCACCAUCUACCCCAUCAUCUUUCAGGAGAAGCGUGGUUGGAAUUCCGGAGUAGGGGAGUUACCAUUGAUUGGUACGAUCAUUGGAGCUAUAAUAGGUGGAAUCGCCAUCUUCAUCGUGUCCCAUCGUGAUAGGAAGAAGGUGGAGGCUGGUCAUGUUGGCGUGGCUGAGGAUCGUCUACCGGUCGCCAUGGCUGGUGGAAUUAUUUUUCCAAUUACCAUGUUUUGGUUUGCGUGGUCUGGAAAUUAUAAUAGUGUUCAUUGGAUAGUUCCCACUCUUGCUGGGAUAUUCCUCUCCACGUCUAUUCUUCUCAUUUUCGUCGCCUACCUCAAUUAUUUGACCGAUACAUACUUAAUGUAUGCCGCCAGUGCAGUCGCUGCAAACACUGUUUGUAGAUCAGCAGCCGGUGCUGCAGCACCAUUAUUCACGACAUACAUGUUCGAUGCUCUUGGCGUCGGUGGAGGUGGCUCAUUAAUCGGUGGACUUGCCAUAUGUCUCGCGCCGAUCCCCUUUCUAUUUUAUAAAUACGGUGGAGCCAUCAGAGAACGAUCCAAAUUCGCUCCAACCCCCACGAAGAAACCUUCGAACGAACAGGAUGUGGGCAACGAAAAGGCGCUUGAAGCAGACCAAUCCUCACCAGACCGAACCACAGAAAAUAGGAUCAGUACUGGCUCUCACUCAUCGUCAGCAUCAAGUAUAGCAAGUAUGCCUGAUGCUCCCCGCGAAGAUACUUAUCAUCAAGAGGGGUAUAUUGAGGAGGGUAUGGGAUAUGGACGAGUGGCGUUGCCUAGCGAUACGAGAGAACAAGAUGCUGGGCAGCUUGCAAGCGAAAAGUGA